UGCGAAUUGGAUCCUACCAAUUGUGAAGGUGAAUGCAAAGGAGAACAUUGUUUUUCAACAAUAACAUUGUAUUUAAUGACUUAUUUUUAAAUUUAUUUUAAAUUUUUUUUAAAUAGUGUUUGUGCUCGUCAGAAUCACAGUUGCUUUUAACAGUUUCUAAAAUAAGAUCAAUCUGUCACGAUGACCCGUCAUUGGGCAACGAGUUUGUUAAUCAUUGCACAGAUAUACAACGCAGCAUUGGGCGUGGAAUUCAGCGAUAAAGCUCUAUUCGUCAAAUCCGAUGACAUAAGAAAAGCAAGAGAAAUUCACACGAAAGUGGCCAAAAUAGCUCCAAAUCCUAUGGACCAGACGGUAGACCACAUACUCACGUGGUUACAGACAAGAUAUCAAAAUCAACAGAACCAGCGUUCGGCUCGCCAGAACAACGAACAGCGUCCUCGCCCGUUCGUGGUGUCUCCUGCUCAAUCGGACUACAGGGGUUAUCUUCCUCCGCAACCACCACCCCAACCGGAGUUCAACAUACCGACGACCUCAUCACAAUAUCAACCAGCAGCCACUCCGUCCGCAAAUCCAUUUUUCGUACAGUCUGCCGAACCCAGUCAGACGGUAUCACCCCCACCACCUUCGGAUGACACACCGAUACAGCCUCUUGCACCAGUUGCGGGAGCUGAAUUACAACCCUCGUCGUCACCAGACGUCUCGACACAAACACAGGGCUUCGUAGAUAUUUCGCCGACUAGUUUUCAAUCCACUAAUCAACCUCUGCAACCAGAAUUGGAAAACCCAGUAAACCUCCAAUUCAACAACAACGAUAUUACACACCCGCCACAUAUACACGAGAUGAACGUGCAGUGUUCGAAAGACAUGAUGACCAUUAACGUAGAAUUUAACAGACCUUACUAUGGGGUUGUUUAUUCAAAGGGGUUCUACAAUACACCGGAGUGCAGAUAUGUGAACCCGAAUUCCGGCCAGACGAAGUAUUCGUUCAAAGUGAUGUUGAACUCUUGCGGGACGCGGUUCGUCGAUGAGUUUUCUUCGGGAAAACAGGCAUACUUGGAAAACGUACUGGUCAUACAAAACGAACCGGGAAUUCAAGAAGUAUGGGACGUCAUACGUAGUGUCAGAUGUCUGUGGGAAGGUAAUUUGAACAAAGCUCUGUCUAUCGCGUUGAAUAUUGGUAUGUUGAACCAGGAAGUAGUGACAUUCAGCGGAGAUACGGCGACUGCCCGACUCGAUAUCCAAGCCGGCAAAGGACCGUUCGCUCCGAUCGCUAACGGUCUAGUAAAAAUCGGAGAGACCAUGACACUGGUGGUGACGGUGGAUGGUGACCCCGGAUUUAACAUCUUAGUAAGAGAAUGCGUAGCCCGUGACAACAACCCAGAGUCGGGCAAUCAACUGCAGCUGACCGACUCCCAAGGAUGCGUGGCGAAACCCAAACUUUUCGGUAGCUUCCAGACAACGACAAACCCGGCUACCGGAUCGUUGAUAGCUUACGCAUACUUCCAAGCUUUCAAAUUUCCGGACGUCAUGGACCUGUUGAUCGAGUGCAACGUCGAACUGUGCAAAUUCAACUGUCAGCCGUGUUCAGACACGAAUCAAAAAAUCGAUCCCGGUCGUAAAAGACGAGACGUGCACAAUAUUGCGACGAACAAUACGAUCAAUACGUUCGACGACAGUGCGGAUUCCAUGAUGUUGGUCGGUCGCGUACACGUAUACUCGCCCGACGACCUGCUGGCCGACAAUUUCAAUCAGACCGCCACCGACGUGCUGGAUCCGCUGCAGGCGUUCACGACGGGCGACAGAACUUUGUGCAUCUCGUCAAAAAAGUUUUACAUGACAUAUUCGUUUAUGGUCGCAGUGACAUUAAUAUCAAGUGCAAUGAGUAUGAUUCUGUGGAUUCGAUUACAACGCAAGAUCUAUAAAGAUUAAAAAGUCACUGUAAAUAUAGAAAAUAUGUUUUAGAUGAUUUUUUUUUGAAAAUAAAUUUUAUUGUGUUUCUUUCGAUUUGUCACUUAAAAAUAUACUUGAACGCCUGUACAAAAAAACAGUUUUCAAUUGUUUUAUAUUAGUGAUAAUCGAUAAUUUAAGAUACUUAUUAUAUAAACAUAUUAUAAACAUUUAUAAAGUGUAUAAUGUAUUUAUAUAUUUUAUAAAUGGAAAAUGUGCUAUUUUUUACAAUUUUUUUACGUUUUUUAUAUUUGUAAAUUUUAUUAGGUACACUAGAAUAUUAUCUAAAUAUAUAUUUAGCACUUAAUUUCUAUUUUUUAAACUAUAUAUCUUAUGAAAUGUACAUAAUAAGAAAAAUGU